GGGAAGGGCAAAGAAACUUUUAAACUCCCUCUUACUGACACACUCACACACACACACACAGCAGGCUGUGAGCAGGGAGAAAGGAUGGUAGCGGAGGAGAUUGUGGUCUCCCUCUCAGGUGGAGCUCCAUGGGGCUUCAGAUUGCAGGGAGGAGCAGAGCAGCAAAAACCUCUACAGGUGGCAAAGGUACGUAGGCGCAGCAAAGCGUGCAGAGCUGGACUGAAGGAGCAUGACGAGCUGGUUGCCAUUGGGGAUGAUUGUUGUGCUGAUCUCAGUCAUGCUCAGGCCAUGAGCCUCAUAGAUACGCAGAAUGCCACACUCAACCUGAGGGUCAAAAGGGCCCCUCCUGGUUUCCACUCCUCUUCUCACUCUACAUCGUCCCGCUCCUCCACGAGGGUCCUGUCUCCCACCUCCAACCGUUCCUCCAUCCUCUCCCCCACAGGGAUACCCAGCGGCAUUACUUCCCCUCCUGACAGCGAGGCUUACUAUGGAGAGACAGACAGCGAUGCAGACACACAGUCACACACACACCGCCGCCAACGCCGCACACCUCCUCAUGCACGGUCACCUGCUCGCUAUGACAACCAGGAAGAGGAGGAGACCUCAGAGAUGAGUGGCUAUGAAAGUGCCACAGAUGCCGGUCUUUCCCUGCAGAGCCAGUGGGAUGGUCAGUCUUUCCUCGGAGUCCCUCGCAGAGAGCUUAUCUACCAGCCCCCCCAGACUGACUGGAUCACUCCAGCACACACUCCACACACUCUGACCCCUCACUCACUCACACCCACUCCUGAUCAGGGGUUAACAGAGGCAGAAGGAGAGGGGGACAGCGGCUUCCAGGAGGCGGGGGGCAUCAUUGGGCUGGCCUGCCCGCCACUCGUGUCUCCUGAGCGGGCUAAAGAGGCUAUGAUGCUGAGCUCCAGUAAACAGCUGGUGCCCAUGGUGGGACCACAGAUGACCCCUCUGAGUGAUGAGCUCUCAACUACGUAUAAGGAUAAAGCACGGCAAGCCAAGUUGCAGCGUGGGGAGAGCCAGGUGGAGAAACAGGUGAAAGAAGCUCGUACUAAAUGCCGCUCCAUUGCCUCUUUGCUGACUGAUGCUCCCAACCCCAACUCGAAAGGGGUGCUUAUGUUCAAGAAACGCCGGCAAAGGGCCAAGAGAUACACACUGACCUGCUUUGGCAGAGCUGAAGGAGAUAGAGGAGGGGAUACAGAGGGAGAGACAGGAGGGGAGACAGAGGAGGAAGGAGGAAGUUCAGUCCUAAGUGGCUCAGAAGUUGAUGAAGAAGGAUUCUCAGCAUCGUUUGACCCUACCUGGGAUUCUGGUUAUCUAGACCUGCUGGACAGGAGGAGCUCUGCUUGCCCAUCAACUACACCAACUACACCUACAACGCCAACAACCAAUCACAGCUUUGGGGUGGAUAUCUCAACCUAUCAGACUCCAGGAUUUAUAAACCCUGUCAAUCAAAGCCCAAGAUUGGAGUUAUCAGGACUGGAGAGUUCAGCUUUGCAAGGCUCAAUACUGGAGAGCAGCAUCACGAAGCAACCAAUCAGUAACCACUGUUCACCAAUGUCUCCCCCAGCUAUUGCUCUGGCCAAUGGGGGGUCAGUAGGUGUUAGUCGGGCUAGUGUUGUUCUGAGUUCCCCUACUCAGAUGCACUUUCAGAGCCAGAAUGGGCAACAUAUCAACCCUAAUCCAACUGCUAAUCUUAGUCCUAGCCCACUCACUGACUCAGAUCCUAAUCUAAAUGCCAACUUCAGUCCUGCUGCAGGUGUUCUGAAUCGUACCGCACGCCCCUUCACCCCAGGUCCUACUGGUUCCCGUCCAAAUGUAACUUCUGUGAUGUUUCGCCCUCCCCAACCUAAACCGACAGCCUUAACCAUGGCUUCAAAACCUGUGUCAGCUGUCUCCAUGAUGACUAUCCAGCCUUCUCGCCAACCAUCUGGGCCAGAUCCAAGGAGAGCGGUGUCCAGCACCUCCCUGUACAUCCCCCCAAGAAAUACCAAUGGCAACACUACCCCAUCUGUGAACUCUCCUCCCUCCUCUUUGUCUUCUGCACCGUUCUCCCAGCCUGCAAUAAAUCCACCGACAUUUCCCCCCCAGCCUGCGGUGUAUGCUUCCCAACCAACCCCGUUCUCUCCUUCUUCAGCUCAAAGCACCCCAAUCUAUCCAACACCUGCCCAACCCCUCUACCCUCAACCUCCCAUGUCAUUUACCUCUCAUCCGUCUCCUACCCAUCCACCUCCUCCUUCCUACAUUGCUGCUUCUUCAAUCUCCCCACCACAUCCCCCUGAUCUGACUCAUGCCUCCUUCCACGCCCAGCCAACCCCACCUCCUCCCCCUCCUACCCAACCUGCUACAUCUCCACCAGUGCACCCCUACAUCAACACAACAAUGACUGCUGGUCCCCAUGCUGUCAUGACAGCUGCAUCAACCCCACAAGCUCCUGUGGCUGAUUCACUGGGGACACGAGAGCAGCGCAUCUCUGUCCCUGCUGCUCGCACCGGCAUCCUGCAUGAUGCCCGUCGUCGAAGUAACAAGAAGCCAAUGUUCUGUUCAGUCCAGAACAAAGAUAUUUCCCCUAACCCUGACUUAAUGUCGAUGGUCCAGAACAUGGAUGACCGUUUUGAGAGAACCCCAGGUGGUGAAUCUGGAGUCGCACCAAGUGGGGAGACCGGACAUGAAUCAGGGCCUGAAGAGGACUGGCUUAGGCUUGGUGCGGAGGCUUGCAACUUUUUGCAAGCUCAGAAGGGACCAAGGCCACCUCCUGUAGCCCCCAAACCCCAGGCACCUCCUCAGGUGCCACAGCUGGGAGGGAAAGGUGGUCAACUGUUUGCCCGAAGACAGAGCCGGAUGGAUCGGUAUGUUGUGGAGCGAGCCCCUUCUGUUGCUGCAGCACCUUACUCUCCCGCCCAAACAAGGGAGCCCUCACCCACACCAUCUCUUCCUGCCACCUGGAAAUACUCAUCCAGCAUCCGUGCUCCCCCACCGAUCAACUACAACCCCCUGCUCUCUCCUUCCUGCCCUCUCAAGGCCCAAAAGAAGACUGAGUUGGCAAAGUCCGGGAAAGCUGGAUCCAAAGCAAAGAAAGCAUGUGCCAAAGCUGUUGACAUCAUGAACCACCAACCAUACCAGCUCAACUCUUCUCUGUUCAGCUAUGGGGGUGGGGUUCCACAGGAUACCUCCACUUAUCAGCAGCAGCAAGGAAGUGCAAGCGGUCCUCAGAAGACAGCACGGGUGUAUGAAGUAAAGCGCUUCUCCACACCACCACCAACAAGCACAGGGCCUGCCCUCAAAGUUAUCGUUCCUCGGUCAGCUACGACACUUGGAGAGCCUCUGUGGCGCCCUGAUGUCACAUCUCCUCCUCCUACAGCACAAGCCCCCUACCAACCCUACCAACCUCAACCCCAACCUUACCAACCUCCACCCCAAUCCUAUCAACCUCAACCCCAACCUUACCAACCACCACCCCAAUCCUAUCAACCUCAACCCCAACCUUACCAACCUCAGUGGGCCACCUCCCCAAUGUCUCCUCCUCCUGCUCCUACUGCUCCACUCCCACAGCUUCCCUCCUUCUCCUCAUCUCCUGCACCAAAUCAAGUCCAGAUCCCUACCUUCUCCCACCUUCAGUCUUCCAACAAUGCCCAGGCCAGCAGGCAGUUUAAAAGUGCCCCAGAUCUGAGUCCCCUCAGUCCUACUGGUGCCCCUCAGUCGGUGUCUGGCAGCACUCAACAGCCCAGGGUCCCCAGGCCCAGGUUCAGCACUUCCAACCUGGGUCUGCAGCCUGGUGUCUGGCGCCCUGGAUCUACUGCACACUGAACUUUGCUCUCUGGACAUUUGAAAGCAUGGCUCUAUGGGAACAUAGAGGAAUGUUUUUAAUGUGUUUUUAGUAUCGUUUUGUCACUAAGCAGGGCUGCAGCUAUGUUUUUAUCACCAACAGUUUGUCACAUGACCUGUUUGGAUAGAUCACCCAUGUAGCACAUUGUCACACUUAUGUUUAAUCUUGUUGACACUGUUACUGUAUUUGGCAAAUGUAAUAGUUUAAGGGAACACUGUAAAGGAAAUGUAGCAAGGUGCCUGAGAAAAGUUUUUAAAAAUUGUGUCAAUGGCUGUUUGAAAGGACAGGCUGAGGGAAACUGAUUUAAAAUGUAGUGAAUAUUGCACUGAUUGAUGAAGAACAUGGAAAAGAAGAACAGAGGAUGUGAAGACAAGACUGUUGAAAGAGAGGUGUGGUCAGCAAUGACUGAAAGGCACUGAUGAAGUGACAUUACAGAGACAGUAGCUCGAGAGCUUUAGAAAUGCAAAUCAUAAUAUCACAAUAUGUAAACAUCCUACAGAA